AUGAUAACGUUGACUAUCGUAAGACAUGGUGAAUCGACAGAUAAUCUCAAGGCCGUCUGGGCAGGUUGGGCAGAUGCACCUUUAUCCGUACAUGGUAUGAACCAAGCGAAAGCUCUCGGGGAAUCAUUCAAAACCACAAGGAUACAUCAUAUAUUCGCUUCUGAUCUGUUAAGAGCCAAUUGGACCGCUCAACAGAUACAUCGUAAUCAACCUGAACCGAAAUGCCAGAUGAUCACUUCUGACCUUCUGAGAGAACAGCAUUUUGGAGAUGCCGAACGUAAACCAUUUGGGGAGAAGGGGGGAUGGCAGAGGAAACCCGGUCGAUCAUUCAAAUUCGAGAAUGGUGAGAGUCUGAAUGAUGUCAGAGAUAGAGCCAAUGAAGCGAUACGACGCUUUAUCGAACCUAUCCUUUCGGAAUGUCACGGCCAACCGCCAUCGUCACGACAUGUCGUGGUUGUAGCUCAUGGGAUAUUCAAUGCGGAAUUUUUGGGUGCUCUACUAGCGAGGAGGAGGGAUCAUAAGCCGUUGGAAUGGGGAUAUAAAGGAAUGACAAACACCGGCUGGACCCGAGCAGAAUUAGGAUACAUCGAUGAAUUCUCCCGAACGCCCACUCCAGCCAAUAUCACCACCAACCCCUCCGGUCCGAUCUCCCCUUCUUCCUCGCCCGCCUCUCCUCCGCCGUUGGAAGAAGAUGAUGAGCUCUUACCAGGUUUGACGAUGAGGAUACUGUGUACGGACGUGACGAAGCAUCUUGAAGGUGUUCAUAGGCAGAAAGGAGGGAUUGGGUCAACGGGGUAUGAUCAGAAGCAGGGCGAUAUUAGGAAAUUUUUUGGUGGAGGUGGAGCAUGA